GUACACCACAGAAAGCGUUUGAUUUAACUUGGAAAUCAACUAAUUUCAAGACAAUUUUGGAGUGGAAACCCAAACCCACCGAUUAUGUCUACAAUGUUGAGAUAAGCUCUGGAUCUAGAGACUGGAAAAUCAAAUGCUUCUUAACCACAGACACCGAGUGUGACCUCACAGACGAGGUCGUGCAAGACGUGCACCUGACUUAUCAGGCAAGGGUCCUAUCUGUCCCAGAGAAUAACACUUAUUUGAAGGAACCACCAUUUACAAACGCCCCGGAUUUUUUACCUUACCGAGACACAAAACUUGGACAGCCAGUAAUUAAGCAUUUUAAACAAAAGGAUACCCAGCUGAAUGUGACGGUAGAAGACACACAAACAGCGGUCCGAAGGAACGGCACAUUCCUCACCUUGCGGGAGGUUUUUGGCAAGGAUUUGAGUUAUAAACUUCUUUAUUGGAGAGACUCAAGCUCAGGAAAGAAGCAAGCCAAUACAAAAACUAAUGAUUUCUCCAUUCUUGUGGAUCAACCAGUAAGCUACUGCUUCUCUGUACAAGCUCUGAUUAACUCCAGGAAAGAUGACCAGCAGAGCCCACAAAGCGACACCGAGUGCUCGGACGAAUGGGAGAGUAUAAUGGGAGAAACACUCAUCAUUGUGGGAGCAGUGGUGUUUGUGCUCAUCCUCUUUGUCAUCUUCCUGUCCAUAUAUCUGUGCAAGCACAGAAAGGGCAGAGCAGGGCAGAAAAGGAAGGAGAACUCCCCACUUCGCUCAGCAUAGAGGAGAGGAAGGAGUCUGAAGCCUCUAAAUCCUGCACUACCUGCAGGGCACUGUUACCAAGACCUCUAAUGGGGACCAAGGAUAUGGAGCAGAGAGCUUGAUGAUCCUGGUACAGAAAGGUUCCCUUUGCGACCUGAUAUUCCAGCCAACACUCUGAUUCCAACACUAGCAUUUGUCACUUUAGAGUGUACUGAAGGGUACAGACAGGUUAACACUACAGAG